AUGUCUAAACAUUUUGAUCAAUGGAAACACGAUGCAUUAGCAGAAGAUAAAGAAGAUUUAUCACGGAAACAUUCCAUAGAUGAUUAUAUUGUUAAUUUAAUUCAUCAAAUUAAUAAUCAUAAUGAUUAUUAUACAAGUUCAUCAUGUUCCGGACGAACAAUUGUUUUUACUUCAUCACCAGUUGUAACAUCAUCAACAAAAAGUGAUUGUAAAUGGUUAUAUGUUACACAUGAACAAGCAGAUAUAAAUGCAAUAUUGGAUUGUUUAGAACAACGACCAAAAGAAAUUGAUAUGAUUUCAAUAAAAUUUGAAGCUUUUAUUUUACAUAUUAUAUGUCGAACAUUAGAAUGUGCAAAAGUAUUACUUAAUAUUGCUCUUGAAUGUGGAUAUAGAAAUUCCGGUUUAGUUAUGUCAAAUCAAGGAAAAAUUACACUUGCAGUACGUUCAACACAUGCACUUGAAGUACCAAUUGUAAUUGGAAGAGAAUUAUGUGUUGAUCAAGAUUAUAUAACAAAAAUUGUAUCGAUUGCAAAUGAAAAAAUGACUGCGAAUAUGACAAAAAUUGAUAAAUUUACUUCAUGUGUUAAUAAGAAAUUAGGAGCAACAUAA